AUGCAUCACCGCCAUGAGUUACUACUCAUAACGAACAAAAUCAAACAAUUUUCAGUCUCUACGGUACGGUUUGCUGCACAAUUGAAAUACAACAUGCACACAUUUUCCACAUUACCCGUCGAAAUUGUUUAUCGAAUCAUGGAUCAUCAAAAUGAGGAGACGCUAUUUUGUUCAAUGCAAAAUAUUUCCCGGCGGCUCAAUCUGAUCCUGAGCACCUAUGAGCGAUAUCGAACACUCACCACACUAGACCUCAGUUUCAACGGAAUCGGUGCUGAAGGAGCAGAACAAAUUGCGGAUGCGUUACGAACGAACACGAUACUCACCACACUAUACCUCAAUUACAACAGAAUCCGUGCUGAAGGAGCACAACACUUUGGGGAUGCGUUGCGAACGAACACGAUACUCACCGAACUAUAUCUCGGCAAUAACGAAAUCGGUGCUGAAGGAGCACAACACAUUGCGGAUGCGUUGCGAACGAACACGACACUCACCACACUAGAUCUUGGAGGUAACAGAAUCGGUGCUGAAAUAGCACGACACAUUGCGGACGCCUUGCGUAGAAAUGCAAGCGUCAAUGUGGUGUAG